AUGCAAUCUGGCAAGCGACAGUGGUAUCACCUUCCUAUAAAUCAAAUCCCCAGGGAUGACUUGGUCAAGAUUGUUCAGAACUUCCAUAAGCGUAUGAACAAUGGCUGCACCGGCAUGCAGAACUCCCGCGACUACAACCUGGCCACCGCGGAUGACAAGUACAACGCGGUCAUUGCAAAAUGGAAGGCAGACCAGACGAACGACAAGUACCCAUCGCUACUUCCAAUGCCUGGCGAUCUCUCUCAGUUCAGAUUCAAAUUCUUCGAGUUGGUCUAUGGGAUCCUCAAUCGGAGGCCUACCUGUAUGGAAGAUCACGUAGACGUCAUAUUUGCGUCGCAACGUGCCAUCGAAUUCCUCAUCGAUUGGGAACUUCCAGCCGCCAAGGGCCUAAGUUUUGCGCUUAGACUGGAUGCAGAAGCCAGCGAUGCGUACUGCAGGGAGGUUAUGGGCCCGGACUGGGGUCCACAUACUUCUCACCACGACACCGCACCCUCACCUGGCCAAUCGGCUCUUUCUCGGCUGAGGCGCGCUGUCGGUCAGCAAGUGCCGAUCGGUGGGACCAUAUACGAGGUAGUCGCCUGCCUUACCGCUACUGAGGAUUUCGAUCCCGUAUACGAGCUGCAUGCCCAGAAUGGCUCGGGCAAGAAGUACGUUCCCUUGGAGGAGCUCAGGCAGCUGCUUCCGGCACCGGAAUCACCGUUCCAUGACCCUCCACCCGUGGUCAAAGGCCCGUACUUGCUCGGCGAGCAGUUCAGCCUUGUAGACGUCGCCAUCACGCCCUGCAUCGUACGGGACUACAUCCUCAUCGAAAACCGGGGAUUCAGCAGGCAGUCCAUGGGCGAAGGCUGGGAGGAGUACGCAAACUUCCUGGAGACAAGGGAGACCGUCCUCAAAACCCAGAGCUCCGCCAUAAUCUUCGAAAUGCGCGCCACCUUCGCCUCCCUGUCCGCUCUGGUCGCAUUGAGCGUCAUCGCUCCUAGCAUCGGCGCACCCAUCGCCGCCCCCCGGCUUGACAGUGCUCUGAUGGCCAAGCGCCAGGGCUUCCUCGUCCCGUUCGAGGUCGACGCCGCGGAGGACCUCCUCCUGCCCGAGGCCGAAAAGCUGGGCGGCAAGCUGCUGCAAAAGGUCGAGGGCGGGUCGUCGACCGACGCCGACGACUCGACCGGCACGCUGCAGCGGCGCAAGGGCCUCGGCAGCGCCCUCGGGACCGUCCUCGGCGACGCGUUCCAGUUCGCCGAGCCCGAGAUCGCCGAGCUGGGCAGCGACGUGAUCAGCAAGGGUCUCAACAAGAUCUUCGGGAACAAGCAAUCCGGUACCACGUCCACGAGCGGCACCGAUGCCACGGACGAGACCGACUCUACAGACGAAACCGAUUCGACGGACGAUAUUGAUGGAACGGACAGCACGGAUUCCAUCGAUUCGACGGAUUCGACGGACACCGGCGAUGAUGGCACUGGAGACGACAACAGCUCGGACGCAGGCGACGACACUUCUUCGGACAACGGCGACGACACCUCCUCAGACAACGGCGACGACACUUCCGCGGACAAUGGCGACGACACCGGUUCCGAUGACGGAGACGACUCGGAUGCCACAGCUACUGGCACCGACGAUCCGGACGGUACGGCCACUUCGACGUCCACGGCGGACUCCGCCGAUGCGACCGAUGGCGGGGACAGCGGCGACGACGGCGACGACACCACGACGGCGACUGACGACUCGGACGACACCGCGACCGCGACGGCGUCCGCGGACGACUCAGAGCCCACGGGCGACGGGGACGAUACUGACUCGACGUCGGACGACGCUUCCUCUUCCUCUUCCUUGUCCACGUCCGCCACCGCAUCCUCCACCUCGACCGCGCACGUGGUCAAGAUCACGGCCGUGAAAGGCAACGAGACCGCGGCGAAAGCGCCGUCGGGAAAGCGCGGCACGAUCUGGAGCCGGGACUACUAA